AUGGAACAUUUAAAAAGUUUACCAGAAGUUUGUUAUUUAGGACAUCAAAUAUCGUUCAAUACAAUAAGACCUCUUAAAAGUAAUAAACAAGCAAUUGUCGAUUUUCCUCCACCUAAAGAUCUUAAAUCUCUUAGAAGGUUUCUUGGUAAAAUUGGGUUCUAUCAACGAUUCAUUCCAAAUAAAACGGAAUUGUUAACACCAUUAUAUCAAUUGUUGAAGAAAGAUCAGGCCUUCAAAUGGACAGCAUUAGCUGAAACAGCAUUUAAUAAAGUAAUUGAAGUUUUAUCAUCUGAUCUUGUAUUACACAUCUUUGAUCCAUCAAAAGCUGUAAUUCUAAUUACAGAUGCUUCUAAUGUUGAAAUAUCGGAGCUGUCCUUAAACAAAAAGAUACUGAAUUAG